GCAGGUUACCACAAGAUCCUUACGAUCAUAAAUUAGGGUCUUGUUCGCCUCGUCGCCAAUUUCAGUGGACAGACCGCCCAUAAAGUCAUCCGUUGACAACAUCUCUACCUACCCACUGAUCCCGCCAUAUAAACGUAUUUCCGCCACCUGAUUCCGGGCCCUCCUCUCCGCCAUGGCUUCAGGUUCGGCUCAGAGCCCGGUCGAAAAGCCGGGCAUAACCAUUGAUACCACAGCAACCCCUCUCUCACUCAAAGCCUCGCAAGACACGCUCACCCAGCCGUUCCCCACGCUCGAAGAGAAGGAGACACGACGGUCCGACAUCUCUACACCAGCCACCACGCGCGCUAACCCCUUCGACACCGACAUCGAGGCGAUGCCCGUCAUUUCACACCAGCGCUCGAGCCGGCAAUCACCGGAGUGCACCAAGGGGGGAACCGACUGCCACGCAUGGCCGGGGAGGGACCACUGGAAGCGGAAGGCCAAGGCGGCCAAAAAGAGCCGGCACAGCUCGUGCAACUGUCUGGCGGGCCUGAGCAAGCGCAACCGCAUUAUAGUGCGCAUUCUCAUCAUCGUACUUAUUGUCGCUAUCGCCGUCGGUGUCGGCUUUGGCAUCAGCAAGCCGCUUGGGGCUGGGAUCUGGCGCAGCGAGACGCAGAACAAAUGAGCGUUCUCACUCGCUCGAUUUGAAGCCCGAGCCCUCCAUGCCUACACGCCGUGAUGGUGUUCGUCUAGUGUCGGCUCGCGGUUCCACCUUGUCGAAGUCGGUUUCUCCUGUCCUGCGGGGAGCCAUACACAACACAACCUCG